UACUUUUAACUGAGAAAAAGCAAGGCUUUUCAACAGAUUGCUUAGAGAGUAAUAUAUCAUGUGUUACUUUGUUUUCCUUAUUUUAUUAGACUUCAUUGUCAAAUUUGAUAGAGCUGCCCCUGUUUUCUUAAUGUAUUUUUAAAUACUGCAGGAUUUCAAUUGCCAUGUACUCUGGAAUUUCCUUCUCACUGACUGGUCUUUUAGGGCUCUUAUUCUUUGGUAGCGCUUCCUCCUUUACCUCUCCCCAAAUGUGAAUGAACCCCAGGCCCUGAUAGUGGACUCCUUUCCCUUCUUUACCUGUACUCUCUCCCUAGAUAAACUCUUCUGGCCCUUUGGCUUUAAACACUAUAACCAGUGACUCCCAAAAAUGAAUCUCUCUGAAUUCUUGCUUGAGCUCUAGACUUGUUUAUCUGACUGCUUCCACUUGGAUGGUUAAUAGGUACUUCAAAAUCAACAUAUCACAAACAGAACUUUUUAUUUUUCUCCCUCAACCUUCUGUCUCCUCAAGUUUUCUCUGUUUCAGAAAAUAGCGCCACUGACUACUCAGUUGCUCAACCCAAAAAUCUAAGUCAUAGGUUAUUGCUUCCUUUACCUUAGGCCCCAUAAAAUCUUAGUUGUCAAAAGUUUUGUAAAUUCUACCUUGAAAUGUAUCUUUGAUUCAUCCAUUUUCAUUUCUACUACUACUACCUCACCAGUCCCAAGGCACUGGUACUAUCUCUUGUUUAGAUUACUUCAAGCAGCUUUUUAAUUGGUCUCCCUGCUUGUUUUCUUGGAAGAUAUUUCCAUUCUUUCUCCUAAAGAAACCUUUUCCUGAUAGAACAGCUAGAGUAGUUUUUUAAAAAUAUAAAUGUAAAUUAGAUCAUGUUACUACUUUAUCCAAAUACCUUUAGUGGUUUUCCUUUGACUUACAUAAAAUGUCUUGGCAACCAUUUGCCUCUCUGAUCUUAUUUCCUCUUACUUUGUCUCUCUGGCUCAUUAUAUUCUAGAUAUAUUUGUUGUUGUUGUUUUUCCUCAAACACACCAAAAUUAUUCCUGCUUUAAAGCAUUUUAUUAGUUGGCUUUUUUCCUUGGAAGGCUCUUAACCCCCAAAUCUUGGUUGGUUUAUUGCUAUCAUUGCAGCUCUCAGAUUGCAGAUGUCACCAACACAAGGCCUUCAUUCAUCUUAAAAUCCAAAGUAACUCCUGUCAGAAUGUUGACAGGCUAUAUCACUCUUUAGUUUUUUAUAAGAAUGCUAGGGAACCCUUUUUACUUGUUUCUUUGUUUGUUUGUUUUUUGUCUGUUUACUGUAUAGUUAGCUACCAUUUGCUAGCAUGUAAGCCCUUUGAGAAUAGAAACUUUAUCUUUCAUGUUCACUGUCAUCUUUCUAGUAACUAAGAGGAUGUUUGUUAUAUUUGCUCAGUUAAUAUGUAUUAAGUGAAUUGCCAGAUGUUCAGUUUUAUACUAAAUAUAUAUUAAAUGGGGGUUAAAAAUCUAGCUUCUGUCAAAAAUAGACAAAACUAUAUUUAUGACUCAAGCUUGGCCAUUUCUUCAUUUUCUGCUUUUUGAAAGUCAAUUUUUCUAUUUCUUUUUUUAAACUUUUAUUUUGGUAAUUUUGGAAAGUUUUUGUUUUGUUUUUAAAAAAUGAAAUAAGUUUUCAGCUGCCAUUCACAAGCACUUCUCUAUAAAUAACAUGUUGUGGUGUGGAUAGUUUUUAUACUCAAAUGAAAACCAGAUGACUUGACUUGUAGCUAAAUAGUCUUACUGUCUUAUUUUUUUUUAAUUGACUUCUGAAAUACUGGAGACACCUUUAAGUACUAUAAAACAAUUGCGAUUGUGUGGAAUGCACUUUAUAGAACUAAUGGAACUAAUUUUUUAAUGUGUUGACAUUUUUUGUAUUUGGUAUUUGUAACCCUUUAAAAUUUUUUAAGCCAUUUUUUUUCCUUAAAAAGGAAAAAAAGCAACCAUCAUUAAAACUCUGUAUAAUAAACAUUAGAAAUAGAUAUCAUUCCAAAAUCGUUGCAAGAAAAUUACAGUUUUUUACAGUUCACAUCAACACGUCCUAUAAUAUGUACUCCCAAGGGGGAAAAAAGCUACAGUAUGUUGAACCCUUGACUGCUGCCAUAGUCUGAAAACUCAAGAACAUGGACUUUUGAGGCAAAUCAACAUCAGUCACUAUUGAAGUGAAUUUGCAGAAUUCAUUGUUUUAUGCUUUAAGUCAGUAUUCCUUAUGUAUUCUGCCUCUAACCAGUUGUCUGUUAUGCAUAACAAUGAAAUAAUUAGUGAUGAAAAAUAAUUACAGUUUAAAACUGUGUAAUGGUUGAAGCCAUCACGUAAGCUAACUUGAAUGGUAAACUCAUUAUCUUUCCAGGAGCACAUUUGGUUUCUACUAACUUGAACAUAUAUCUUAUACAUAAAUUGUUAUGUUUUACAAUAGUUUCUUAUGUUUAGUAUUUAAUUAUGAGGAAGUCUAAUCAAUUUUAUAAAUAAUGUUUUUGAUGUCCUAUUUAAAAAAAUCUUUGUCUAACCCAGUAUCAUAAAGAUUUUCUUCUGUGUAUGCUUUAGAAGUUUUCUGAUUUUAAGUUUAACUUUUAGGUUUAUGAUCCAUUCUGAUGUGACCCUUUUUAUAUAAGGUAUAUCCUAUGAGAUAUGGGUUAAGUUUCAGUGUUUUGAAAAUGGAUGUCUUAUUGUGUUCCAGAGCCAUUUGUUUCAAAUUAGUCUUUUUACACUGAAGUGCCAUUAUAUCUUUGUCAAAAAUCAGUUGACCAUAUGUGUGCUGGUUUGUUUCAGAGCUCUCUAUUCUUUCUAUUGAUUUCGUGUUCAUUCUUUUGUCAGUGCCACAUUUAUUUUGACUAAGUAGAUAGGUAGUUUCAGCUUUGUUCUUUUUCAUGUUUUGGUUUCUAAUUCCUUGCCUUUUCCAUAUUAAUUUUUUUUUAAUAUUUUAUUUAUUUGUCAGAGAGAGAGAGAGUGAGCACAAGCAGGGGAGUGGUAGGCAGAGGGAGACGCAGGCUCCAUGUUGAACAAGGAGCCCAAUGUUGGGACUCUAUCCCAGGACCCUGGGAUUAUGACCUGAGCCAAAAGCAGACGCUGAACUGGCUGAACCACCCAGGAUUCCAGUAAUUACCUGCAGGAUUCGCCAUGACCCCAGCUCUGAGGGAGGCAGCAACAAAGGGUAUCUGCUUUUCAUCUAUAUCAAGUACCAUGGAGUCCGACAAGAUGCUAUGCAUGGAAAGUGCAAGAACUGUAGAUGAAAAGCUCAAGGGAGACACUUUGUCUCAGAUGCUGGGAUUUCCAACUCCUGAACCUACUCUUAACACUAACUUUGUGAAUUUAAAACAUUUUGGCUCCUCUCAAUCUUCAAAACAUUAUCAGACUGUUCUUUUAAUGAGUUCUAAUUCUGCAUUAAAUAAAUACAGUGAGAGUUACAAACAAAGGAAAUUAGGGGAACCCAACUGCAAUAAGCUGAAAAACAUACUGUGUAAUGGCAACAACAUUCAGCUUAGUAAAAUCUGUCAUUCUCAUUCUGAAGAGUUCAUCAAAAAGGAACUGCUGUCAGAUACCACAAGCCAGUGCAUGACAGAUGUACAAAUUAUUUUGGAUUCAAAUAUAACCAAAGACACUAAUGUAGAUAAAGUACAACUGCAAAACUGCAAAUGGUACCCAAAGAGUGCACUUUUGGAUAAAGUUACUGAUGCUGAAAUUAAAAAGGGUUUAUUGCACUGUGCUCAAAAGAAAAUUGGGCCUGGCCACUCCAAUGUGCCUAUUAGUCUCUCAGUUGCUGAAAAAGAGGAGGAAGUGAACACUCGUUUACUUCAUUGUGUAAGUAAACAGAAAAUUUUACUUAGCCAGGCUAGAAGAACUCAGAAACAUUUGCAGAUGCUUCUGGCAAAGCAUGUUGUUAAGCACUAUGGUCAACAAAUGGAAUUUUCUCUGAAACAUCAACUCCCCCAAAUGAAGAUCUUUCAUGAACCUACCACAGUUUUGGAUAGCAGUUUACCUAAUUGCACUGAAAUUAAUCCAGAAGUCAACAUGUUGACUGCAGAGAAUAAGUUGUGGAGGGAUACGAAAAAUGGCUUUGCACGGUGUACAGCUGCAGAAAUCCAAAGAUUUGCACUGUCUGCUACAGGGCUGUUGUCUCAUGUUGAAGAAGGUCUGGAUUCUGAUGCAACUGAUAGCAGCUCUGAUGACGAUUUGGAUGAGUACACCAUUAGAAAAAAUGUGGCCGUUAACUGUAGUACUGAAUGGAAGUGGCUUGUGGACAGAGCGAGAGUUGGCAGCCGAUGGACAUGGCUUCAAGCCCAGAUUUCAGAACUAGAGUACAAAAUCCAGCAACUAACAGAUGUUCACAGGCAGAUUCGUGCAUCCAAGGGGAUAGUGAUCCUAGAAGAAUGUCAACUUCCAAAAGACAUUUUGAAGAAACAAAUACAAUUUGCUGACCAGGCGGCUUCAUUAAAUACUACAGGGAAUCCCCAGAUUCCUCAAGAGAGUUCAGAUUCUUUACCAGAACAAGAUUUUGAAAUGUCACCAAGUAGCCCAACACUUCUUCUUCGCAAUAUAGAAAAGCAGAGUGCACAGUUGACUGAGAUCAUCAACAGUUUGAUUGCCCCUCUCAACUUGUCCCCAACUUCAUCGCCCCUAUCCUCCAAAUCCUGUAGCCAUAAUUGUCUGGCUAAUGGCAUUUCCAGGAGUGCUUCAGAGAAUUUAGAUGAGCUCUCUUCCUCCAGUAGCUGGUUACUUAACCAGAAGCACAAUAAGAAAAGGAGAAAAGACAGGACAAGAUUGAAAUCUCCGUCCUUGACUAUCAUGAGUACAGCUGCUCGAACAAGGCCACUUCAGAGUUUCCACAAACGAAAACUCUACCGAUUGAGCCCUACUUUUUAUUGGACUCCGCAGACUUUGCCUUCAAAGGAAACGAUGUUUUUAAAUACCACACAAAUGCCUUGCUUGCAAUCAGCUUCGACUUGGAGUAGCUGUGAACACAAUUCCAAAUCUCAGAUACUAAGAGAACAUGUAUCAGAAUUGGACUCCUCUUUCCAUUCUGUACUGUCGUUGCCAUCAGAUGUGCCUCUUCAUUUUCACUUUGAAACAUUGUUUAAAAAGACUGAAAUAAAAGGAGAUCUUGCUGAAAAUAAAUUUGUAGGAGACUGUGUCAUAUCUCCAUCACCUGUACAUAAUACUUCUCUGAAUCAAUGGAGAAAUGGAUAUUCUCCUACUUGCAAGCCUCAAAUAAGGUCAGAAUCUUCUGCACAGUUGUUCCAGGGAAGAAAGAAGAGACACUUGAGUGAAACAGCAUUAGUUGUGGCUUGUUGCUGCUGCCCAGCAGAAGUAUCCUGUUGCAUAAUGCUAGCCCAGAAAAAGGUCAAAAUUCAAGGAGAAAGAACCAGAUUUGAAGAAUUCGCUUUUCAACGCACAGAACCAGGAUCCCAUAGCAAUUUUACUGCUGUUACUAAUGUCAAUGUUAUAUCAAGAACCCAGAAUUCAUCAUCACAAAAUACUGCACGACGGAGACUGAGAAGUGAGAGCUCUUACGACAUAGAUAAUAUUGUGAUUCCCAUGUCAUUAGUUGCCCCAGCUAAGUUAGAGAAACUCCAAUACAAGGAAAUACUUACUCCAAGCUGGAGGAUGGCUGUUCUUCAGCCUUUGGAAGAAUACCAUGUAGGUGAAGAGGUAGAAGAUCUUUCUGAUGAAGUCUUCUCCCUAAGACACAAAAAAUAUGAAGAGAGAGAGCAAGCCAGAUGGUCACUAUGGGAACAAAGCAAGUGGCAUAGGAGAAACAGCAGAGCCUACAGUAAAAAUGUGGAAGGACAGGACUUGCUUUUGAAAGAAUACCCUAGUGACUUCAGUGGCGGCCAGCACUGUGCUGCUGGAAGUCCUGCUGAGCUCUCUUCAGAGAGCCAGGAUCUUGGUGCACAGGGCUCACCUUCGUUAAAUGAAAGUCAAGAAAUCAAGUCUUUGUGGUGGGAACGACGGACUUUUCCGCUGAAGGGCGAAGACACAGAAGCCUUACUAUGCCAGGAUGAAAAGAAGGAUCACAGUGAAAGUUUGAGCCCAGCCUCCCAUGGUGAAAUCUUCUGUCCCAGUGCCCCAGAGAACAGUCACCAUCCAAAAAGGCAGGCAGACGAAAUGGAAGAGUACAAACCUUUCGGUCUAGGACUUACUCAUAUUAAAAAAAAUAGGUGACAGGGAACAGGUUUAAAAAAGUAUGUACGUGAAUGGAAAACAGGGGGAAAAAAAAAAGCCCUGCUUUCCAUCCCCCACCCCUUCAGUCACAGUUCCAGAGUAAGAGCAUGUACUGCAUGUAUUAAUCUUUGAUGCUGUUAUAAAACAGGCAAGGUAGGUCUUUUUCCUUCUUGAACCACAGGAAUAACUAGCUUUUCACCUACAAGACAAGUGCUAGUCUUUUGUGUUUAUGAUGCAAAUCACAAGCACCAAAAAAUUAACUGCUGCAAUCUGUUGUUAAAUCACAUUACUGGGUAAAUGACUUUUCAAAGACUUUUAUGUGUGUGUGUGUGUACACACACACAUACAUAUACACCUGUGCAUCAAACGACAACUCUUUCCUGUACAUUUCUAUGUAAUUUCUAGGGUGAUUCAUUAAAAUUACUUCAGAAAUAUAUUAUACACAUAUGUGUGUAUAGCGUAUACAUACCUAUAUACACAAUCAUUUUUAAAAACACUCGCAGUGACCACUCCACUUGAAAAUGCAUGUAUGAACUACCCCAUGAAAUGUAAGCUGUACCCUAAACAAAGCACAGGCUCCAGUGAUAAUAGGUAUCUAAAAGUCUUGGCUAUGGGGAGAUAAUUUUUUAAAAAACACGUUUAACCAAUAGAAGUUAUUUAUGGAAAUUUCUAUACAAGAUAACACAAUAUGCCUUUAUCUAAAAUCACUGUUAUCUGUUAGACUAAGGGUUACUUUCCAUUCGCUCCUAACAGAUGAAGGAAGACAAAGUAGAGUUAAAUAUUGGUCUCUUUGAAAACCUGAAUUUUAUCUAUUUUAUGUAUCUCAUGGAGAGAAGACACCAACUUAAAAUAAGCAACAGGAAAGUCCUAUCAGUAUAUAACAGUAUAAAAAACUGUUGUAUUUCUAGUUAAUUUGGUUAUUCCUUACUCUAGCUCACUCAAUUCAAAUAAGCAUCUAUUCUUACUUGUAUCUUAGAGUGAGAAAAUUUUUCAAAGGAUACGCUUCAAUACUGAAUACAGGAGGGUACAUUAAGGAAAGUUCCUUUUGAAGCUAACACAUAACUUUCUCUAUGUAAAAGCUGAGGCAAUUUCUCUCAUAUUAAAAAAAAGGUUAUUCAAGUUAUACUACCCAUAGAACUGACAAUCCUGGCCAUCUGGCCUAGUCGGGGGGGGGGGGGGGGGAUUUGACACUAAGUUUUUUUGUUAGGGAUUGGAAAUUAUACUAGUCCCUUUAAGGAAGGAAAAAAAUGCAAAUUCAAUACUGACAAAUUUUUGCUGUAGUUUUACUGUACAUUUAUUUUUAAAAAAGGAAACAAAAGCCAGACAAACCCAAGUUGUCUAGGCAAAUAAGCUCAAAUCUUUGUCAUGUCCGACAUUAUAAUCUUCUAUGUAAGUUUUUUAAUUAAAGUUAUUUCUAUA